GGCAACUUAAUUAUUCCCUACUUUCUUUGGUCUUCCCGCUAUUUAUUUCCUUCCCAUCUACUAUAUACCAAACUGCUAUAUAACAAGAUAUGAUAUGAUAUGAUGAUAUAUUCUCCCUCUUUCCAUUUCUAAGGACGAAAAAAAGAUUUGUACAGUCGAGCUUUUCCAUGAAGAAAUUCAUAUUUUUUACUGUAUUGUCACUUUUCUUAGUUCUUGAUUCUCACCAUGUUAGAGCAGCUCCAAGAGCCUUGCUCGUGAAAAGUCUUCCCGGCUUCGUCGGCUCCUUCCCAUCAAAUCACUAUGCAGGAUAUGUGACGCUGAAAGGGGAAUCAGAGUUGAAUUUCUACUAUUACUUUGUUACCUCAGAAGGGAAUCCAUCAAAGGAUCCUGUUGUGCUGUGGCUCAAUGGUGGACCAGGUUGCUCAAGCUUUGAUGGCUUUGUCUAUGAACAUGGUCCCUUCAAUUUUGAGGCUGGAAAAGGAGGCCUGCCUACUUUGCACUUGAAUCCAUAUAGCUGGUCCAAGGUUUCUAAUAUCAUCUAUUUGGAUUCACCUGUUGGCGUUGGCUUCUCCUACUCGAAUGAUACGUCUUCUUAUGUCACAGGGGAUAAAAAAACUGCUGAAGACACUCAUAAUUUUUUACUCAAGUGGUUUGAACAAUAUCCGGAGUUUGUGAAUAAUCCAUUUUACAUUGCUGGGGAGUCAUAUGCUGGCGUUUAUGUUCCAACGCUUGCUUCAAACGUGGUACAAGGAAUUAAGAAAGGUGUAAAGCCUGUGAUUCAGUUCCAGGGCUAUAUGGUUGGAAAUGGAGUAACAGACCAUCAAAUUGAUGGAAAUGCUCUUGUUCCAUUUGCACAUGGAAUGGGACUCAUCUCCGACUAUAUGUUCGAGCAAGCUAAGACCUACUGCAAAGAUAAUUUCUACGAUCCAAGCACUAGAAACUGCUCUAAAGCCAUUCAGAACAUCGAUGCUGCUAUUGAUGGUUUAAACAUCUAUGACAUCCUUGAGCCAUGCUACCACAGUCCCUCCAAUAUGGAUAAAGCUAAAGAUUCAAGCAUCCCAGUAAGCUUCCAACAAUUGGGGCAAACAAGUCGCCCAUUAACUGUUAGGAAAAGAAUUUAUGGACGAGCAUGGCCUUUUCGUGCACCAGUUAGGGAUGGACUUGUUCCAUUAUGGCCCCAAAUAAUGGCGGAAUCAAAUGCAGUUGGAGUUCCAUGCAUUAAUGAUGCGGUGGCAACUACAUGGCUCAACAAUGAUGCAGUUAGAAAAGCAAUCCAUGCCAGCCCAAAAGCUGGACCAUGGGAGUUAUGCACUGGUCAGAUAUUUUACGACCAUGAUGCUGGAAGCAUGAUUCCCUACCAUAAAAACCUAACGAGCCAGGGAUAUCGUGCUCUCAUCUACAGUGGAGACCAUGAUAUGUGCGUGCCAUUUACUGGCAGCAAAGCAUGGACCAGUUCACUUGGAUACAAGGUUGUAGAUGGAUGGAGGCCAUGGAUAUCUAAAGGACAAGUCGCAGGGUACACAGAAGGAUACGCAAACAAUUUCACUUUUCUAACUGUAAAGGGGUCAGGACACACUGUGCCGGAGUAUAAACCACAAGAGGCCUUGGACUUCUACAGCCGUUGGUUGGCGGGUAAACGAGUCUAACGAUAGUGCUCAGUUACAUCACAUUCUUCAUUCUUGUCAAAUUUAUGUAAUCCAAAAUCUUGGAAAAUUCCAAAAAGAAAAAAUGGAAAAGAGAAAAGGAAACAAUAAUGGAAUCAAGAAUCAUUUUCAAUAUCUAAUAUCAUCCCAUGUUAUUAAUGCAA